AUGUAUCAGAGGCCAAGAUACCUUCUGUGGACGUUUAUUGCUGUGUUUCUACAGUGCUCUUUGUCUUUAAGAUCAGUAUCACAUGGGGGCAUGGAUCUAUCCAUAUUAGAAUCUACUCAUCAGUUGCAGGAACCAAUCACUGAAUUUAGCACACCUUUGGACAAAGCUUUGUUGAAACAAGAGCAUCUCAAUACAUGGAGAGAUUUAAGAACAAUUGAAGAAGUGGUUAGACACCGUAAGGAUCCUUGGAUAUUUAGAAAGAAAGUAGCAGAAUUUGUGCAACAAUUGUCAAAGGAUCCAACAUACCUACCUGAUGGGACUCAAAUCAAAUCUCAAGAUAUUGUACUGAAGCCUAGAUAUAAAUCACUUGAAUCGAUUUCUCUUCUUAUGUCUCAACUCAAACAAGUUCUGAAGGCACAUUCACCUCAAAUUUAUCACCAAGAGAUAGAUCAUAUAUAUGAUACAUUACUCAAAAAUUUCAAAGAAUCUUUUGUUGUAAACAGACAGAGCAUGAAGGGUACAUUAAUUUAUACCUUCAUGGAUGUGACUAUGUCACAAUCGGGUCUAUAUCUAUGGAUGCAAAAUUUUAGAGAUAAGGCUGUAGACUUGAAUACAGGUAUGCAUCCCUUAGUAGGAAAGAUGAAUGAAUGGAAGGGGCAAGUUGGAAAUACAGAGCAUGUUGAAUGGUCUAAAAUGUACCAGAAAUACAUGAAGUUGGUUGAAGUCUUUGAUAUUUUGGCUGCUGCUGGUCUCCAGGACAAGGAUGUCAUCUUGAAAAUGGUACCCAGUGAUAUGAAAUUACAUGAAACAAACGGAAUCCUUUUUGAACAUUCUUCAAAACCUUCAAAUCUAAAAUAUUACCUCAUAAACAAUAAACCACACAGUUAUCCCAGACCACUUCAUCUUCCAAUCUUUGGAUUUCCUUUUGAGAUUGAUGGUUGGAACCCUGCUGAAAUUGAGGAUCAAGUACACAAGAUCUGGUCAAAACUUGAAAAAUCAGAUCUUGAAAUUGCUUUGGAAUUGAGAAAACCUGUGUUAGAUUUUUCUCAGAGCAAGAUCAAGUUUCCAAAAGAAGUCAUAACAAUGAAAGAGUACCAAGUACUCAUGGCAAUGACAACUGACUCAGGAUAUAAGACAAUGUGGAGGAGUAUCUCAAGAUCCAUCAACCUAGUGUCCAAAUUGGAAGAAAACAAUCCCGAAGCUCAGGUACUAUUAUGGCAUAUAUUGCAGUUAGAAUUUAAGUAUCUUUCACCACGUAACGUGGACCCCAAGAAGGCUGAAAUUCAGAUAGAAAAUAGUGUGAUGUUUUACUUAUUUGUAAGAAGGAUGGGAGAAGUACUUGAAGAGGUAUUUAGGAUAUUUACUCCAACUCCACCUGGAAAAAGAGUGCACAAGGCACAGUGUAUGAUGUACUAUUGGUCUUUAUUACUUUACAAACCACCCACUGUCAGCUACAAACGAUACAACAAAGCUAAGUGGAUGCAGCUUGGCCUUGGAAGAGUUUAUCUUGAUCACCUUUUAUCUUCACAAAAGCUGAACAAGUUGUAUAAGACCAUGAGCACUACUCAGGACUCAGACAGGGAAAUGCCAUAUACUUCAUCCACUCCAAAUUUUAUUAACAAUCUUGUUCAAAGUAACAUAGGUCAUUCCCCUGAAGAAAUUGAAAGCUUGGGACAAAGUCCUUUGGACUUCAGUAUGGACUCAAUAAAUAGACUAAAUUUUAUGGCUGCUAGAAAGAGAGAAGAAAAUCAUUCAAAGCAAAUCAUGGAUCAUGAAAUUAAAUCUGACAAAGCUUCAGAUAGUCCUUCACCAAAAAGAAAGGUCCUAAUGCAUGAUGAUCCAGAACAAAUGCACCUCACCUCAGUCUCAAAAAAGCCAAGGACCAAGCGUGUUGAAUAUGUCCAACCAUCAGAUAUUGAUGAGACCCAGAUCCCAAAAAAUAUUUUGAAUAUGAGGGAAACAAAGCUAGAUGGUAUAAAAAGCACCAUCCACUCUGAUCUUUUUGUAGACAAACAAAAUGUGAUUCAAGAUCCAAGAUGUAAAACUCCAGGCAAUGAUCAAGCGGGAGCUCGUAACAUUGUCCAGAGGAUGGAACCACCCUCAUCUUCAAGUGCUGAUAGGCAAGCCUUCAUUCUUCCUGACCUCAAUGAGCCUGCAGAGCCAGAAUCAAUGUGA